AUGCCGAAAAGAAGCAUAAAAGAACAAUUGGGUAUAAACGAAUUACUCGACAAAAAAGGUGGAAUAUGGAAAGCUUUACUCGCUGAAUUUUUAGGUACAUUUCUUCUUAACUUUUUCGGUUGCGCAAGUUGUUUGCACAUAACAAAUCCGGAUGAUGUAACGGAUUUAGUUAGAAUAUCAUUAACGUUUGGUCUCGUCAUAUUUGGAGCAGUUCAGGCUUUUUGUCACGUGAGUGGUGCUCAUCUUAAUCCGGCCGUUACGAUUGCCGUACUCGUAACGGGUAAAAUUCCUAUUAUAAAAUCAUUAUUUUAUGUAAUAGUUCAAUGCCUUGGAUCCGUUGCAGGUUCAGCUGUAUUAAAGGCUCUUACACCGGAUGAUCCUACAGUACAGGGAACGUUAGGAUUAACGGCUGUUAAUCCAAAAUUAAGUCCUGUUCAAGGUUUCGGAGUUGAAUUUUUUCUAGGUUUUGUUUUGGUCAUGGUUGUUUUCGGAGUUUGCGAUUCUAAUAGAAAAUCUGUCGAUAUACCUGCACCCCUUGCAAUCGGUUUAACGGUCGGAAUGGGUCAUUUGGCAACGAUCGAACUCACUGGAUCCAGCAUGAAUCCUGCCAGAACAUUCGGAUCGGCUGUUAUUGCAAACAUUUGGACUAAUCAUUGGGUUUACUGGUUGGGACCCAUAUUAGGUGGUAUAGCAGCUGCAUUGAUAUACCAUCACACAUUUUCAGCUCCGCCAUUAGAUGAAGUAACAGAAUAUAGUCCGGUACGAGCUGAAGAAAAAGAAGUGAGUUAUUAA